AUGGCCAAUCAUCAAACGAUCAAUUCUUCCCAAUUACGAAACUCGCAAAAUGUACCUAGACCAAUCGAACUACCUCUUCAGAACCCUCCACGGCGUUCAACAGUCAUUGCCCAGCAAUCUGGUCAAUUUAAUCUUAUUGAAGAGGUGAUUUUUGAAGGAGACGAGAGAUGGAGAUAG